ACGGCGUGGUAAGAGAGAAUGUGGAUGAUCUGGGGAUGGGUCCGACUGAUGCUCUCCAGGAUGCAAUCGAAUCCUUAACUCUUCAAUGCGUUGAUCUCUCAGGUGAUUUCCGAUUGUUGUUCUUUCCUGUAUGCAGGCAUUGUGUGAGAUGCGUUAGCUCGAGAGAUCACCCUUUGGUACCGAGCUUGGAGAAGCUGAAACAAUUGGGCGUUGAUUGGAAGGAUUUUGAUAGGAUAUCAGAGAUGUGUGAAUUGAAUGAGGAAUGGGACAUAAUUGCGUUAAGAAAUGGGGGAUUGGAAUUGCUCUGUUAUCUCCGUUCCAAGAUUCCGAGUGAUUGCGAGCGUGCUGUUGCUUCCGCUUUAAAGGCUAUGGGGCUACUACUUCAAGGUAAUUUCAAUUAUACCAACGCGUGCCAUUGAAGGCAAAGCUGGAGAUCUUGCUAUUCAAGCUAUGCACAAGUUCCCUUCAGCUCAACUAAUGCAAAGGGACUCGCGUGUCACUUGAUACGAGUCCUGUAGUCAGGAACCCACUGUACAGGGCUCUCUCAAACUAUUUUCUUACAUGUCUCUUACUAUUUUCUAUUGAUAUUAGCACUGCAUAUCUUAAGCUAUUCUUCAUUGAUGUUAGCAUUACAUGUUUCAAAACUAUUCUCCAUUGACGUUAGCAGCAUUACAUGUCUCAAACUAUUGUGAGUUAAGAUGGUGAAGUUGAGAUAUCUCAACACUAUGAAUCAACCAGAGAGAAUCAAAA